AAUUUCAAAUGAUGCAACACUACAUUCACAAUGUCGUAGUCAUGUGUGUUCUAUGUGUAUAUAUAUAUAAGUUUCUAAAUUAAACGAAAGAUUAGAGUAAUCGGUAUUUAUAAGAUUAACAAAAUGGGCUAUAGAAUAGUUCAGUCAUUUAGUGUAAUUACAUGUUUACUUUUCCUCAAUUAUUUUCUUACGGAAUCUGCAUCGACUUCGGAAUCGAUACACUUUUUAAAACCAGGAGAUGUUGUUACAAAUGACAAACCUGGAUUACAAAUAUUUUGCCACAGUGCCAAUACAAAAUAUGUGAUACAUUUAUGGAGAAGUUUAACCAUGCAUUUAAACAUAAACAUAGAUAAUUAUGAUCUUUACGAUGGUAAAAAUCAACAAGAAGUUGUAGAAAAACACGACGAUAAUCAGCGAUCCUGGCGUUUUAAUUUGUUCGGUACAAAAAGGAGUAACAAAUUGAAAAUCAAUCCAUUCGAGGAUAUGUGCGUGGGCGUGUACGUGUAUCCUUCUCAUGUACAUAAAUAUACAAUGAGCAUGACACAGACACGUGUCGACAUAUGGAAAUUAAUGUUAACGAUCCUAGGGAUCACGAUAUAUUGGAACGCGUACAAAUUAAGCGGAAAUCCAUUAUUUUAUUAUUUAAGCGGUAUAAUGCUUGGGAUCACUACGUCGAUUAUAAUAUUAGUAUAUUUUGCUAGCAAAUUAUUACCAAGGGGUAAAGUUAUGUAUUUGAUGGUUGCCACUGGUUGGACGAUGAGUUUUUAUCUUCUACAAGGAUUAUGGGAAAAUGCACAUUUGAUCGCAGUACAAUACAAAGAAUACGUCGUAUGGUACAUCUUAGGAACAUCCCUUAUAAGCUUUGUUAUUUGCUAUCGUUUCGGUCCUGUCACAAACCCAAGAACGAAAAAACUUAUCGAAUGGUUUCUCCAGAUAGGGGGAUUGAUUGCGAUUUAUUAUAGCAGUUACUUUCGCGAAGCAUCGUUUUUCUGUUGUAUCGUAAUGGUUCUCCUUUAUAAUUUUCCAAUUAUUUUAAUUCGGAAAGGAAAGAAUUACUGGAAGAAUAUGUUUCCUGAAAGGAGAAAGUUAUUAACCGAGGAUCAAUAUCGUAAAGAAGGUAUAAGGGAAACUAAUAAAGCGUUAAACGAGCUGAAAGGAUAUUGUUCUAGUCCCGAAUGUAAUCCGUGGAAAACAGUUCUAAGAUUAAAGGAUCCCAUAAGGUUUGCCAAGUUUAUGGAAGGUGAAUCGCAUUUGUCGGAUGACGAGUCGCGAGACCACGAUGCCGAGAUCACAAGAAUUAUAGAGGAGUGCGAAUAUACGGACGACGAAGAUGAUUACUGACGAAAUUUCCGUAGAACAUAUUCGCGUAAAACCUAUAUCGACAAAUACAAAUUCGAGUACCACGUUUUACCACGGAAUACAUGCAUACACGCAACGGCGUCUAGUGCAUUUUCAUUACUUUAUUGUAAAUGAUCAUUGUGUCUUUAAUCAGGAUAAUUAUUACUAUGUUAACGUGUUGAAUGUCUUUUGAAAAAUAAAAUUGUUGAGUGUAAUUCUCGUUGCUAACGCUGUUUAGCAUCGAAAGUAUUUAGUGUAUACGAUAAACAAUUUCGAUCGAUAAACGAGAACAGCCGCAAAUUAAAUAGUCGUUGAUUGGGCUCA